AUGUCGACCAGACGGGUUGCGACUGUCGAGGACGCCGACGAGUACGGGAACCCUGUCGAGGGAACCCAGUGCUACGCAUCAUCUGUUGCCCCAAGCAGCCCCGCCAAAGAGCAGCCAAACACGAGCCGAGCACGAAAGGAGCGCACGAGAAAAGGUUCUGAUUCUCAUGAACUGACCGGUGCCGUCACUGACUCCGACUCAACUGUACACCCACGGCGAGAGUCCACCAAGAAGCCGAGCAAGGAUCGCGAGAAAUCCUCUUCCAGCAGCAGCAAGAAGGCGCUCAUGACGUCCUCUUCACGGCCGCCGGUUAAGCAUUCUAAGGCAACGUCGACGUCGAGCCUGCCACGCAGGGACGAGGCAAUGUUCUACGGCAUCGCUGACCCCAACGAUUCUCUUCCAAUGCGGCCGCGAUCCCAGAGCAGGCCGGCGAGCUUUUAUCCUCCCCCAGGAAUGCCAGGGAUGUCUGUAAAGCCACCACCUCCUGCGAAUGCCCGGUUCUACGCAUCACAACCUCCAGGUGGUAUCCCCACAUCAUAUCCUCCCCCUCCUUGGGCUCCCGGUCAUCCACCUUGCCCCCCAAUACCACCAUCGCCGAGCCCUAUCUUGUCGCAUCCGUUGGGCCCUCCGCCUCCUGGACCGCCUCCACUCGGCCCUCCUCCACCUAGCGGGCCACCACUACCCCCUCCUGAACCACCUCUUUUCGCUCGCCCCCUGGAGUCUCGAUUCGGCCCCUCGGCCCGGCCGCAAUCAUCUAUUGGCUUCAGACCAGCGCCUUCGCCGAUCGAGUACAACCCUCAUGAUGAUUAUUAUGACGAGCCACAUGACAGAGCGCUCGCUCGACGUCCAUCAGCCUCUCGGAGAAUGUCCAAGGUCGAGGACGAUCGUAAAGCGAUGGCCCUGCCUCGGCGAGCUGCUUCUGCUCGUCCGAUGUCACUUGCUAUUCGUGGCCCCCCGCCAGCCCCCCCUGCUCCUGUUCCCCCGCCUGUGCCCCAAACUCCAGCGUCCAGGCGGAUAGGCGGCUACGACGAUCACGACGAUGACUAUGAGGAACCCUUCUUCCGUGACCUUUCGCCGAGAAACUACGGCAAUCCGCUUGCUCCUCUCCCGCGGUCGUCAUACAGUCCCGACUACUCCUACGACGCUCCCGACUAUCAGACUGAGGUACCUGGGAGGGCUCAUCGCCAUUCGUACUACGGGGGCAACUCUGUUUCCUCCGGAAGCGCCUAUGAAAGGGAACUCCGUAUGGAGGAUAAGCUCCUCACAGCUCGUCGUUACCAGGACCGAUAUGAAGAUGAGUUGACAGGACCGGGUCUUCCCUUGACUGCUGAAGCGUUGCGAAAGGCGACCAGGAAUGGAGGGAGCAGCCGAUCUACGAGGAGCUCAGGUAGCCAUGAUGAGAGCGACUACAGGCAGUCGGCUACAACGCGGACGACCAGGUCAGGCCCCAAUGAUGAAAACUACACGAUUCGCGUCAAAGGGAGCACGGUACUCCGGCUUGGCGGCGCAGAGGUCCAAUGCGAGGACGGUGCGGAGAUCAACAUCAGCACCGGUGGUGGUGCGUCUGAUUUGCGUAAUAUGAAUGACGCCAGGUCAAGCUACAUCGAUCUAGAUGACCGCCGCACCCGCGUCGAUAUCCCGCCUUCUCGAAGCCGUACCAGAUCUCGUGCUCGGUCAUUCUCACGCCCCGCCCAUCCAAGGCAGGACACUUUUGAGUAUGAUGAUGAGGAAUAUGAAUAUCUCUCUGGACCGCCUCCUCCGCUGCCGCCCCCUCCUCCUUCAUACCCAGCUUUCUCUUCUUCUUACUCUUCUCGCCACGACAGUGCUUACUAUUACGGCGGUAGUCCGUCGUAA